UCUCCGCCGUAGUUGCGCGAUGCGAAUUAGCAGAGCUGAGCUCCGCACUUCUUUACCUCGUACGCUUACGUAGUACGAGUUUGCGCGAACGCUCGGUCAGGCCUCGCUUAAUGUCGUCGAUUCCUUACAAAUUCACGGCUUUCUUUCCGUUAGUCACCAAAAUGCUGUUCUGCGUUUUUGCUAUUUACUUGCUCGGUUUACUCUCGCACUUUUACGGAAUGUGCAGAUCUUUGCUAGGGCUGUUGCUAUCCUGCUUCUCCUUGGCCGGAACAUAUAAUGUUAAGCAAAUUCAAACCAAGCAACUUAAGGAUGAGCUGGGCGAGGUGGUGGCUGAAAUGGAGGCUAUGGAGGGCGGCGGUCUCGCUGCCGAUGACUCCAAGCCAUCCAACAAAGCCAAGCAGACGUCAAUCGGCCGUAAGAAAUUCAAUAUGGACCCAAAGAAGGGGAUCGAGUACCUUAUUGAACAUGGCCUCCUAACUGCGAGUCCGGAUGACGUAGCCCAAUUCCUUUACAAGGGCGAGGGUCUCAACAAAACUGCGAUAGGCGACUACCUCGGCGAACGCCACGACUUCAACGAACGCGUCCUUCGCGCUUUCGUCGAGCUCCACGACUUCACGGAUCUGAUCCUCGUGCAGGCGCUCCGACAGUUCCUUUGGUCGUUCCGACUGCCCGGCGAGGCUCAAAAGAUCGAUCGCAUGAUGGAGUGCUUCGCCCAGAGGUACUGCCAGCUUAACACCAAUAUAUUUACCAACACCGAUACCUGCUACGUCCUCAGCUUCGCCAUCAUCAUGCUCAAUACUUCUCUUCAUAACCCAAGCGUCAAGGACAAGCCCAGUGUCGAUCAGUUUAUCAAUAUGAAUCGUGGCAUCAACAAUGGUGGCGAUCUUCCAAGGGAACUGCUCGUGAGUCUUUACGAGAGCAUUAAGACGGAACCCUUUAAAAUACCGGAAGACGACGGCAAUGAUCUAAUGCACACCUUCUUCAAUCCUGAUAAAGAAGGAUGGCUCUGGAAGCAAGCAGGUGGACGCUACAAAAGUUGGAAGCGGCGUUGGUUCAUUCUAAAUGAUAAUUGCCUCUAUUACUUUGAAUAUACUACUGAUAAGGAGCCACGCGGCAUCAUUCCACUAGAGAAUAUCCAAGUCAGGGAGGUCCAAGAUAGAAAUAAACCCCACUGCUUUGAGCUUUAUGCUGCCGGUUCUGAGUUCAUCAAAGCCUGCAAAACAGAUAGCGAAGGAAAAGUCGUCGAAGGUAAACAUACAGUCUACAGAAUGUCUGCAGCAACAAAUGAAGAAAAAGAUGAAUGGAUAAAAUGCGUGCGGCAAAGCAUAUCACAUAAUCCGUUCUACGAUAUGCUGGCUGCUCGGAAGAAAAAGGCCCAAAAAACAAAUGUUCAUUCGAAAGGUUAAAAGGAUACAAGCAUCAAAAAUUCAAGAAGGACUGAGGAGCCAAAUUCGCAUCAUUGAGAGCGGCAGCGGCAACGUAACACAUAAGACUGUCUUUAAGCUCCACCGCGGGCUCUUCGAACUAAUUCUUUUCCAUCGAAAACUGUUUUACCGGGUUACUUGUCAAGAUCCGAGAUAAAGUUCAACACCAAAAACACGCUGGCCUCAAUUAAUCCAGAAGCUGGCGCAAGCCUUGAUGGGCA